AUGAACACAUAUGAGCCAGAAGCGGUUGACGAACAUGGCGACCUUGAAGAAUGGCUAGAGAGCGAGUUGACGAACGAAAAUGAAGCUCUAACCGCACCAGAGGGCGCACCAGUCCCCUUCAAAAUCCGCUGGAUAGCUAGCGAUGGUUCACAUGUAGUGGAAAACCAAGUAUUGGCCGCCCUAUCGUCUGCGCAACAGAAUGAAGGCAAAGAUUCACAGCCUUACCAAGUAUCACAGGCUACUCAUUGCGAUGCCACAGGAGAUGCUAACCGCGGACUUUCUCGGUAUGAUGGGUCAUCACACCUUCGUGGGUUCGAGCACCAGGAGCGUCGAACGUCUAGUGACACGUGCCCAUCCACAAAGGGUUCUGCAUAUUGUGCAGCUGGGCUUAUUUCCUCUACAUCGGUGGGAUCGGUGACGUGCCGAUUGCAGCUACCUCACGACCCUUUUCUCUUGCGGUCCAAAACAUACGGUACGCUCAAACAGACGGUUUCGACGGACACACUCGUCACUGACGCCUCAGCUGUGCUGGGGACGGUGGAAUCUCUACCCUGCUCCCACAGCGUAAUCAUUCAUGGGCUUUGCGUCACCUGCUGUUGUGUUGUGGAAAACCCGGAUUCUAAAAGGCGUAAGGAGUCCAUAGCCGCACAGGCUAAAAGGCAGGCUCCCGACCUCCAGGCCUCUGAUACAUCGUUGAUGGUUGUUCCAGGCUUCAUCACCAAUAACAAUGAGGUCCGGGUCAAUGCCAAAGUUUCCAAUGAAAUGGAGUUGUUGGAACUUCUUAGGCUUUUGCGUAAACGUAAAUUAUGUCUCGUGCUAGACUUAGAUAAUACACUUAUUCACUCUUCGUGCACCAAAGUUCCAGACGAUAUUGAUAUCGCCGUGAUAGACAUGUACGGCAGAUCAGAAGGCUACAAGCUCCAGUUCGACAACGAAGAGGAUAAUCUGCGUUAUGAAGAAGAACUCGAAAAUUCUAUUUUGGUGACGCGGACUCUAAACGAGUUGGACAAUCGUUACUUCGUCAACUACUACAAGCUGAGGCCAGGCGUAUACAAGUUCCUGAGGCGUGCGUCGGAGUUAUAUGAGCUGUACUUAUUCACAAUGGGAACACGUGCACACGCCCAUGCCGCGUUGAAGAUCCUGGAUCCCAGUGGCACUUUCUUCGGUCAUCGUGUAUUCAGCAGAUCCGAAACAAACAACUGCUUCAAAUCGCUCUGCCGCAUUUUCCCUAACUACCGGAACCUACUACUCAUUCUGGAUGACUCCGAGCACAUUUGGGUGGAUGCGCCCGGUUUGAUAAAGGUGUACCCCUACUACUACUUUACAGACUUGGCGUUGAUAAAGAAUAGGGAUUGCAGAAACUUGGGACGCGUUUCAGCGGCUAUGCAAGCCCAUUGUAACUACUCUAACUAUGUGUGGCAUUCCGUGAUUAUGGAAAUCUGGAAGGAUAACGCAUUGCGUGAAGCCCCGGUCCGCGACUACGAGGGGUUCACCGUCCCCAUGGGCUUAAAGGUCCCUGGCAAAUGCCCCCCGACGUUCAGAUACAACCACUUAUUAAUAGCUAACAGCCGACCGUCCUGUAUAUUUCGACGGGCUUCACAUGCGGAAUCGACGAGUGCUGCGUGGCAUUCCCGGGAGGUUUCCAACACAACACAAUCGCCAGAUACGCCGGAAAGACAAAAUUUAGUAGCUGAGACUUUACCUCUUGAGGCUUCUUUCCCACCGUCUGGCGGCGCAAUAUUGGCGGCGGACAGUUCUCCAGCCGAGGAUAAAAAUCGCAAUAUCAAGGGUACAAACAAGACUGUAACAAUCACACCUAGCACACAUUCUGAUGAUUAUACAGAGGUGAAUCCCGAAAGAGCGCCGCAAUGUCGUAAGGCAACUACUGACAACGCAACGCUGACACAAGCGGGCAGCUUUACUCGUAAACUGCGCAAGAUUUACGUGCGUGACUGCGACCAGCAGUUACCAUGCAUCACAAAGUUGCUAUGUGAAAUGCAUAAACAAUUCUUCGACCAGUUCGACAAUACAGAAGUGACGCUGGAACAGCUGAAAUAUCUAAUUGAAAAAAAUGUCCUUCCCGACGUUGGCGUACUACUUUGCAAACACCGCGAAGGAAUAUUGCGCGGAGUGGUGCUAGCGGUAAACCGAAACGACUUUCUAAGUGCAAGAACAGGUGAAGAAAGUGACUUCUUCAAGACGGACCUUGGGUUCACAGCCCGGCGGUUCGGGGUCGUAAAAUCUUCUGUUGAUGCCGAAACCACUCACUACCUAAGUAACAACGUAUCAACUGUGGUGUCAGCACCGGGUAUAAAACGGGUACAUAGCCAAUGGCUAGAGGCGUGUAUUUACACGUGGUGCCAUGUCUCUGAGCCCGCCUUCGAUCCCGCCGGCUGGAAAGAGCCCUUUCGCACGUUUUGGGACACACUUAAUGCUCAACAAUCAUAA